AUGCAAGGUGCCGGGGAGAUGCCGGGGCCCGGAGAAACACCGGACCCGGAAGGGGCAUUGCUGGCGACCAUCCUGGAAACUGGCGGGACGGGGAUUGUUGAGGACUACAUCUGCAACUCGCUUGUAAAGGGGCAGUGGGACGAGGAGCAGACACGCCGUAUGGAGAUGUACAGGCGCGAUGUGCAGGAGGUGUUGGGCCCGGAACAGCAGGCGUUCGGGGUCGAGGUCGACNUCCCCAAUAUAUCUAAUAGAUGCAAGCAUGUCCGGCAAGGGCCGAAGAGAGAUGACGAGCCCGCGGUGGAUAAGCCUGUGAGGGAGGCAAUCGGAUGCCUGAUGUGGACGAAGCUGACGAGGCCAGACAUCGCCCUGCCUCUGAACAAGCUCCAGAAGAUCGCCCACCCACCCACCGGGAGGAUAUGGAACGCGCUUGUGCGGAUCAUGUCCUACCUGAACUUCACGAAGGACUUUGGCAUCACCUACGUACGGGGGUCAGGACUAGACCUAAGCGUGUUUGUCGAUGCCAGCUAUGCUGACAACGAAGUAGACAGGCGUUCUACGACCGGGCUAGCUGGCGUGAAGGAGGCGUUGUUUGUGCGUGGCGUUCUGUCGUUCAUAGCGCCCGAGACGAGUGGGGCGAAGAUCAAGGUCCUUGAGGACAACAAGGGGGGCUCUCGCCUUAAUCGAGAACCCGUUCAGCUCAGCGAGGAGCAAGCACAUCGACGUGCGGUUCCAUUUCAUUCGCGAGCUAUUCAAGUCGGGCAAGAUCACUGCAGAGUAUGUUCCGACUGGAGAGCAGCACGCCGACAUGCUAACAACCAAGGAAGCGUUGUGCCGGCGCGUCACCCGCGGCUGGAGCCUAGAAACGCCGAGAGCGUUGCUUCGGGUGUGUAA